GUGUUUGUCUUUCAUCAUUGGUGUUUUUAAGUGUCUAUUAUACAGAGUUGCGAUUGUGAUAUCAAUAUUCUUCCUGUGAUUUCUUCCUGAUCAAAGUAGCAAGUUUCUCGUUUAAAAGCGCAACGUAAGAAAAUUUAAACCAAAAUUAUACAGAAAUGGAAGAAAUGCCUCAUUUUUCAUCAGAAUCUUAUAUCCCCUUCGUAUCUGUUAAUGAACAAGUUUCAGAUACUGUUGAUACUAAUUUCAGAGAAAGAAGUGAUUUUGGACAGCAGAGAAAUGAUAAGAAUAUAUUGAGAGCGUGUUGUAAUGUUUCUAGUUCAGAUGCUCCUUGGAAAAGAGCAUCCAAAUAUUCCUUUGGAUUAAUAGGACUUCAUGAAGAAAUUAAUGAUUUUUAUGGAACCAUGUGUCCUAAAGAACAAGAGACUGAGCUUCGAUUAAAAGUUAUUGAGCACAUUACAAGAGUUGUACAUUCAUUGUGGCCUCAAGCCCAAGUUGAAAUAUUUGGAAGUUUCAGAACUGGUUUAUAUUUAUCCUCAAGUGACAUUGAUAUGGUUAUCUUUGGAGAAUGGAAAAGUUUGCCUUUGAGUACACUUAGUCAAGCUUUAGAAAAUAAUGGAAUUUUGGAUAGUGACAUAAAUAUUAUUGCUAAUGCUACAGUACCUAUUAUAAGACUUGUCCAUUCACCAUCUGGUAUUAGAGUUGAUAUAAGUUUUAACAUGUCAAAUGGUGUGGAAAGUGCGAAACUUGUUAAAAAAAUGAUGAAACAACACCCAGCCUUACCGAAAUUAGUCUUAAUUCUAAAACAGUUUCUAGUGCAUAGAGGACUUAAUGAAGUAUAUAAUGGUGGAAUGAGUUCUUACUGCCUGACUUUGCUGAUAGUUAGUUUUUUGCAGGGCUAUCACAAGCCAAAUUUUGAACCAUCUGCAAAUUUUGGUGCUGCAUUACUUGAAUUCUUUGAACAUUAUGGCAUUAACUUUAAUUAUGACAAAGUUUCUAUACAUUUUCAAUCUGGUGGACUUUAUAAGCCUAGAAGAGGUGGUGGACAUUUUUUAAGUGUUGAAGAUCCUUUAGUGUCAGGUCAUGAUGUUGCUAAAGGAACAUAUUUAAUGAAUUUAUUAAAGAUGUCUUUUCAAAAUGCAUUUUAUACACUCUCUAAAGCUGUGACUGAAAGCAUAGCCACAAAAACUCCUGUGAAAAGUUUCUUGCAUCUUAUACUUAAAGUUGAUCCUGAAGUUUUGAGAAAUCGUGAAACAAUGCUAAAUAAUCAUUCAAAAAUUAUGAAAAGAUUAUCUAAAUUAAUAGAUAAAUUAAAUGAGAAUCAAUCUGUAGAAUCUGCAUCUACUUCCAUUGCAAGUUCAAAAAAUUUCCAUAAAAAGAAAAAGUUUGGAUAAAUUGGUAAUUCAAGACAAUAUUAUUUUAAUUUUUUGUAAAUACUUAAUUUAAAUAAAGUUUUUUCGUCUUUA